GAUGCUUCAUACUCCUUGGUUCAUAUUCCAUAGUACAACAAAAAACAAAAUAAAAAAAUUGAAAGCAAUGUAAUUUGGCAUCUUACUUCAAAAAAACAGAGAGAAAACAGGAAAAUAAGCCCUCGAACUAUUUGCGUUUUUGCAAAAUAAAAAAAUUGAAAGCAAUGUAAUUUGGAAACGGGCGGUUUGCUAAAGAUGUCUUGGAUACCUCUUCCUCCGGCAACUUAUGCUAAAGAUGUCAAAAAAUCCUCGUUACUAGAAAUCAGCGGGCGGUUUGCUGUCAUUAAUGUCCAUCAGAACAAGCAAUUUAUUGUUUGGACCUUGGAAACGGCUGCGAAAUCGCCAUCUCUCUGGAAGAGGCGUGAUGUCCCCUUUCCAUUAGAGGAAGAGAUUCUGGAGGCAGGGAGUGAAUUCUUUUCCAAUACUUCUAUUACUGCUACUUCAGCUGGGGAAAUCGUAUUGUUAUUUAUGCGUACUGGAAUACUCUCUCUUUGGGUUUUAUCGGACUCUGUUUGGAAGAAGUUUCGAAUUGAGGGGAUUGCUGAAUGUCCUACUUGUGUUAAAAAACAUUGUGAAGUACUGGUUGCACAAAACAUUGCCGAGAAUCUCUUUCACUUGGAAUAAGAAAACGCCAUACUGGUCUGAUCUUCUCCACCUUACCAUUCCAUUUCAUCACGUAGCUCCUCAA